AUGCAAGAUUUGAAGGAUUGGGAGUUUCCUUUGGAUGUUAAUGCAAUGUUUCAUCGCCUAUGCAAGCUUACUAUAACAUCCUGCCCCGAGUUAGCUGGAAAAUUACCCAGCUACCUACCAUCUUUAGACAAACUGCAAGCUAGACCGGGUGGAACUUUCAAACAUUUUAAGUUGACAUGUCUAACGGAGGGCUUCAUGCAAGGGUUGACAGAGGUAAGAAAUUUGGAGAUCCAUGUUUGUAAGGAUCUGCUGUCAUUAGGGAGCCUCAGUUUUGUUCGUUAUUUAGAAAUUACAAAUGGUUUGCCACUCAUUUCCUUGGGGGAAGAGGUGGAAGCAAAGGAGACGGCACAACUUGAUAUCCCCUUCACUGUGGAAUGUUUGACUUUUCAUCUUUCAUUACAGAAGUUUCAAAAAGCUUUCUCCAGCCUGUACAAUCUUAGAGAGCUAUACUUUACCAGGUACCAUGGACGUGUUUUAAUGAGAGAGUCCAACUUGCCUUCAAGUCUUAAAAUACUAGAAAUCAAAGACUGUUUUGAGUUACAGUGUGCUCUGGAUGAGGAAGAGAAUGUUAAUGAUAACAUCAGAAACACAGGUCUUCUUGAGGAGUUAACCAUUAAGUCAUGGCUGUUGCUUACAUGCUUGUUUGCUAGAGGGGAGUUACCUUCAAUACCUCACCAUUUCACUUUGCACAACACUGGAAACUGUGACAUGCUAGGAAAGUUACCAUCUGCUCUUAAGCACCUUGAUAUUUCUAUUUGUCCAAAGUUGAAGUCAGUAGCUAAAAGAUUUCAGAAGGAUUCAUCUCUUGAAUACAUUUCGAUAUUCGAUUGUGCAAAUCUUAAAUCACUACCUGAGUGCCUUUACAACCUCAGUAACCUGAAAAUAUUUUACGUAGGUAGUCUCCGGACUUUUCUUUCCUUUCCUGAAGGAGGUUUCCCUGUUUGCCAACCUGAUAUUGCUUCAUCAGCUACUUUGAAAAACUUGAGGCUCUGCCUAACUGCUUCCACAAGCUUGCAUCUCUGCGGCGCUUGUUUAUAG